UAUGAUUCCAGUGAACAGUUGCACUCCCAGAAGGACAUCAUUUGAUACCUCUGAACCACAGGAACCAGAGACUUUAGUGCUUUCAAUAUCAAGUGAACACUAUGAAGAGGGAACAUCCAAUAGUAAUUGGGGUGAGAGUGAUGGUGCACAACCACAGGUGUGCAACAUCCCAGACCUAACGCCACCCCAAACACGGUCUACUUCAUCAUUGUCCGUGCAGAGUGACAGUUAUUUUGAUGGAACCCAUGCAUCUACUCCAUCCUCCUCCUCUUCCAUUUCCCAGAGAUCAGAUACAAGGGUAAAAAAGAGGAGGAAAUUACAAUGCUCAACAGAAGGUGAACGUUUUGAUAAUAUUUUGGAUAAAGUUGAUUCUAUUCUGAAUCAACCAGAUCCAUCAUGUGAUCCCGUUAUUAAAGCAGCCACAAAUCUUAUAACAGGUUUCAUGGCUCCCUUGUCUAAAAACGAAAAGAAAGCUGUGUACUUAAAGAUUGUUAAAGUUGUGCAAGACCAUCCUGUUGAUUUUGAUAAUUUAGGUGAUUAGUUUUUUUGUCUUGUUAGUUUUGUAUUAAUAGUCCUAAUAAUUUAAAAAUUAUAUACAGUUUUGUUUAAAGAUUCUAUCAACAUACACCUCUUAAUUAUGUAGUAUUAAAAUAACAAUGCAUUGAACAGUAGAAUAAUA